AUGGUGGCAGAAGAUUGGUUGAAGUCAGUAAAGGCUGUCUUUGAUCAUAUGGAGUUGAAUGACCACCAGAGGGUUUUGUGUGCAUCUCACCUACUAAAAAGGGAUGCAAGGAUAUGGUGGGAUAUGGUGAAGCAAACUCAUGAUCUAUAUACUAUGACAUGGGCAGAUUUUGUGCAAGAGUUUAGCAAAAAGUAUUACAACGCAGCUAUACUGGUUACCAGAGUUGAUGAAUUUGUGACCUUUGUUCGGGGAAACCUUUCUGUCACUGAUUAUGCUCAGAAAUUCGAUAGGUUGGCAAGGUUUUCACCUGAGAUUGUACCAAAUGAGGCCAUGCGAGUCCAAAGGUUUAUGAGAGGACUUAAGCCCAUGAUUGCUAGGGAUGUUAAGAUGACCAGUGCUAAAGUGGUUAGUUAUGCUGAGGUUUUGGAUAAGGCUCUUGAUGCAGAAUAG